UUUGUCUCGAGGCUCACGCGAGUUAAAAUAAGAAUAGUGGCUAAAUCCGAUGCGCCGACGAAACGGAUCGCGCCGUCGGUAGUUAGUGAUUUGGUGCUGCCCAGGGGCCAGGGGGGGCGUUGCGCGGCGUUGCACAUUAUGUUUACUUGAUUUAUGUGCGGCGAAAGCAACAGGUGGGUGUCACCGUGCCUGUGGACCUCCGAUCGCUGGCGGUGUGUCUGAGACUGAGAGGGGGGUCGAGGAAUUAAUUUGGUAGCGCGGGCAGUGGUCCGAGAUUAUUCUUUCAUUAGCUCCGUUUUGCUAACUUGCUCCUGCAUUCUUCUUGGAUCAAAGUCCUCUUUUUUCUCUCACGUCCGGUUUCAAAUAAGAACGGUGACGAUGGCUCUGCUGUUUCACACCUCGCAUCAAUUCCAUUUUCUCACCCCAACCCGUUAGAGACUGCUGAAACCCUUCCAUAUUGUUCUCCCUGUCCAAUUUCCAAUAGAUAUAUUAUCAUUACUUACCUCCUUUCGAUCACCUCUUCUUCUUAAAUGUUUCUCUAUUUUCAUUGCUUCCAUCCUUUUCUUUUAUGGCUCCCCGAUAGAAGUAAUUGUUCAGCUUUCCAUUCCACCCCCUCCUCCCCCUUCGCCAUUCCCCCACUUGCUGCUGGCAGCAUCUCGGCGACGUAAACAAGAUAAAAACGAAAAAAAAAAAAAGAAAGAAAGAAAGCAAAAAGGAAAAGAAAACAAACAACCUCAAAAAAAAAGACCAAACUCAGGAAGAGGAUAAUCUUCUUACCGAACCAACCAUGCCUCUUCUCAACGUCAGCGAGUUGAACGUUGUUCUCUCGAUCUUGGGAGCAUUCAUCGUUCUGUAUGGCUCCAUCUCCACAAAGAUCCGAAAUGUUUGGUAUCUUGGAGAAGCCUUGCCCGCCGUCAUAUUUGGUAUACUUCUUGGGCCCCUCGCAGCAAAGUUCAUAGAAGUUGAACACUGGGGCUCAGCAGCAGAAGAUCAGAAGUACCAAGUUACUCUAGGCGUGGCUCGGGUUGUCAUCGGUGUUCAGCUAGUCAUUGCGGGUUUCCAGCUGCCUGCUAAAUAUCAAUUAGCGCGAUGGAAAGAAAUGGCACUCUGUCUACUUCCUAUCAUGACCAUUAUGUGGUUAUGCACGACGGGGUGUAUCCUCUUGACCAUCCCAAACCUUACUCUGCUAGCUGCUCUCGUUAUCGGAUCUUGUGUCACUUGCACGGACCCUAUUCUGUCGCAGGCCAUUGCUAAAGGACCAUUUGCCGACAAAUACGUUGAUCGGGACUUACGUGAGAUUAUCUCUUCCGAGGCUGGAGCUAACGAUGGCUUCGGCUUCCCAUUUCUCAUGUUGGCGACGUAUCUCAUCCGAUACGCGGACGUUCCCGGGGCUGGGGAGAACAUAAUUCACAAGAGAAGCGGGGAAAUCGGUCGUCUCGGCGGCGGUGUCUGCAAAGCCAUUGGAAUGUGGUUUCUGGAAACAUGGCUCUACACAGUUCUAAUGAGCGUUGUAUAUGGCGCUAUAUGCGGCUACGGCAGCUGUUUAAUUAUGAAAUUUUGCCUGAGAAAGAAAUUGAUCGAUAACGAAAGUUUUAUGCUAUGGCCGUGCGCGUUAGGGCUUUUCAUCCUCGGAACAUGCGGCGCUUUGGGCACUGACGAUCUCCUGGCUUGUUUCGUUGCCGGAAAUGCAUUGAACUGGGAUGGCGAAUACCUCGCCGAGUCCGAAACGAGACAUGACGAGGUGAACUCAUGUAUAGAUGUACUGCUGAACUUCGGUGGAUUCAUGUACAUUGGAGCAAUCAUACCGUGGUCUGAAUUUAAUCAGCCUGAGUUUGGAAUUACAUACCCGCGACUAGUUGGAUUGGGAUUCCUCGUGCUGUUUCUCCGUCGCCUUCCCGCGAUCUUGGUGCUGUACAAGCUCAUGCCGAAGGUGUGCAAGAACUGGAAGGAGGCCUUGUUCAUGGGAUAUUAUGGUCCAAUCGGAGUCGGUGCGGUUUUCUAUCUCGAACAUGCCCGUCACCUUUUUCCCAAAUUCGGAGAAGGAGAUCUCGAAGAGACUAAUCUCAUCCGUGCUCUGUCCCCUGUUGUAUACUGGCUGGUCUUAUUCUCGAUUGUUGUCCACGGCAUCUCAAUCCCAGUCCACAACGUCAUCUACAAGAUUGCAGGCAUCAACCCAAUAGUAGAUAAAGCUGGGCCAGUAGAGAUAACGCCACCUUCGAGACGGAUGUCGUUGCCGAAAAAUAGCAUGUCGAACAAGAAGCGGAAUUCGAUUACUGUGUACAACAGGUUCUCACGUGGCAAUCCGGCGGAGGGUCAGAGCAGCAACUGGGAGCUACCAACCUCUCACGGUAGCCGAGUUAGGGACGACCAAGGAGAACAGAUCGAGUUCCAGUCAGCCUAUUCAAGGCCACAGCCGUGGUCACGGAAGACCAGCAUCCACUUUGAUGUUGGCGGAGGGGAAUCAGUGUGAUUGUAAUAGGGAGUGAGAUGCUAGAGACGGCGCAUCUGUGGGGGUUAUGUAGGAAUCAGAGGUCGCAUUGGAAGAGAGGUAGAAGCUGCCAAAGUCGAUGGAGAGUAGCUUGGAUCACUGGGUUGACGGCAGACGACAAGAAUGGGUGCAGCGGUAGUGAUGGGCGGAAUUGGGACAGGGUUGAGCGUGAGAGGAAUGUAGAUACGGAGAUCUCACGCAACUAUACUAUCUGCUCCCUCGCGCCGCUGCUCUUGGUGGUGUAAGAAGAGAAUCUUCGUGCGAGAGUUAUCUGCGUCCCAUAUGUGCCUGUUCAUGUAUAUAGUUCCACUUAUGGUUUUGCACUGCUCCGCUGCUUAUUUUUCCUUUCAUGCUCCCUUAAUUAUCUCCGUGUGUGGCUGCUGCUGCUGCUGCUGCUUUUGGUAGUGUUAGAAGAAGGUCCCUUUGCAAGAGUGAUAGAUGUCCCAUAGAUGUCCCAUGUGUUUCUGUAUAGAGUUUAAUAUACUGUUUCGCACUGCGGUUCCACUGCUUUACCUUCACUGCCCUCUCUUAUUGUCUCCUUGCGUAGCCACACGAGAGAGGGCCUUCUUCAGUGCUUCCGUGUCGGCGCUGUUAUUAUUAUUAUUGCUGGAGACGAGAGGUCAGGCCAAACAUCACAGAGACACGGAUGGAAAAUGAGGGAUGAAGAAGAAAAAAAAAAAAAAAUGCCUCAUACAACGGUGGAAUAUGUUGUUAGUAGUGGCAGAUGCUAUUCCACAUGCGAUAUAGCUAGCUGCUGGCUCAUGGAGAAAAUAGCUUGAUCACUCUCCCCGCACUGGCAGUUUUGUAUUUGGUUGAGACUCCUGAAACUUCUUUGCAAGCACCUUCAUCUGAGUACGCUCUGGCAUGGGUUCUUGGGCUUAAAGGAGGUUGUUGAGUAAACUGACUUAUUAUUAGCUAUAGCGGACUGUCACGAUGGAGGUUGGUUUGGCUCCCACGAACCCCCCAGCAACAAUAAAUACAUUAUAUAGCAUCACAUUUCCAAGUCUUAUUCUUCUCUUCACUUGCUUGUGAGGUAUACGGUAUAUUACUCAAGAAAUCUC